UGUGGUUAGGAACUAGGGUUUCGUCUCAGUGGAACCGAUAACAAACUAAGCACAGCAGCAAGCCGCACCCCUCCUCAGCCGCCGCCAUGGGUCGCAUGCACAGCCGCGGGAAGGGUAUCUCCGCUUCGGCUCUCCCUUACAAGAGAACUCCCCCCAGCUGGCUCAAGAUCUCCUCCCAAGAUGUGGAAGAGAACAUCUGCAAGUUCGCGAAGAAAGGCAUGACACCGUCGCAGAUUGGCGUCAUUCUUCGCGACUCUCAUGGAAUUGCGCAGGUCAAGAGCGUCACAGGAAGCAAGAUCCUCCGUAUCCUCAAAGCUCAUGGCCUUGCACCUGAAAUUCCUGAGGAUCUGUACCAUCUGAUUAAGAAGGCAGUGGCAAUUCGGAAGCAUCUGGAGAGGAACAGGAAAUUUAAGGAUUCCAAGUUUAGGCUGAUUCUGGUGGAGAGCAGGAUUCACAGGCUUGCUCGCUACUACAAGAAAACUAAGAAGCUCCCUCCAGUCUGGAAAUACGAGUCAACCACUGCCAGCACUCUUGUGGCUUAGUCUAAGCAGCUACCUGCUUGGCAAAGUUUAGUGAUCAUCACGAGGCAUGGAUUCAAUCAGCAAGAUAGUUAGUCUUCCCGAGUUUGGAAUUUUUGUUAAUUCGAGAACUUGUGACUUGUAAGGGUUAGAAUAUUUCAUAUUUUGUUUCAGGAAUGGAUGACAGAACAACUACUUUUUGAUGUUUGGAUUUAAAUGGUUAUUUUCUGUUGGAUGAUGUUCAACUUAAUACAUUUGCUCUGUUAUACGCA